AUGGAUACUAAAACACCUGUUACAUUAGCUAGAGUUAAAAAAGUUCUUGGUCGUACCGGUUCUCGUGGUGGUGUUACUCAAGUUAGAGUUGAAUUUAUUGAUGAUUCUUCAAGAACAAUUGUUAGAAAUGUUAAAGGUCCAGUUCGUGAAAAUGAUAUUCUUUCAUUAAUGGAAUCUGAACGUGAAGCAAGACGUUUACGUUAA